AUGCGUGCCAAAUAUAUCCCGACCAUUGCUUCCCAGUCCUUGGGACGAGCCUGGUAUCACAGUCUGGAACACAAACUCAGUCUAUGCGAACAAUAUGGGUUCGAAAGCAUAGAACUAUUCUUUGAAGACCUCGACGGUGCUGCCAACUCAUUACCAGCCUCACAUCCCCCAUCACCUCCAGGCACGUCCUUCGCCAGUUCGAGUCAUGCCCAAGAAAAACAGUUGGCGGCUGCAAGAUAUAUACACGAGCUUUGUAUUCGACACAAGUUGGAGAUCCUGUGUCUCCAGCCGUUUAUGCACUACGAAGGACGCCUUGAUGCUGCCUCUCAUCAGGCUGCUAUUCAGAAUCUCCAUUUCUGGAUCAGGCUGGCCCACAUCCUGGGAACAGAUCUUAUUCAGAUACCCUCCAACUUUCUACCAGCCUCUGAAAUCACUGAUGACCGAGAGAAAAUCGUCGCAGACCUGAGAGAAGCAGCACACAUCGGCCUCCAAUCUUCUCCUCCCGUUCGACUCGCUUAUGAAGCCCUCUGUUGGGGCACACAUAUCGACACUUGGGACGCAGCAUGGUCCAUUGUCCUAGAAGUCAAUCAACCAAACUUCGGAACAUGUAUCGAUACAUUCAACCUCGCUGGCCGGGUGUUUGCCGAUCCAGCUUCAGCGACAGGAUUGACAGCAAAUGCAUACCAAGAAACCCAAAAAUCGAUCGCAAAGCUGCGUUCAGAACUUCCUUUUGCCAUAGAAAAGGUCUUCUACGUUGAGGUCUGCGAUGGCGAACGAUUGGACCAACCAUUGUUACCUGGUCAUGAAUGGUACAAUCCUGAACAGAAGCCUCGGAUGUCUUGGUCACGAAAUGCCAGACUAUUUCCUUUCGAGAACCCUGGCUAUCUACCCGCAUUGGAGGUCCUUGAAGCAGUCUGCGAGGCUGGUUACACGGGUCAUAUCUCGUUUGAAUUGUUCUCAAGAACGGCAAACAUGCCGGACCAGGAGGUUCCCAAAGAACAUGCCCAACGUGCAGCUACCGCCUGGAGGAGAUUGGAACGAUACAUGAAGUGGAACCGCUCGGCGACUCCGUCCGAAGAUGAAAGAUCUUCGCCAGCCACCGUCACCACAUCAGAAUCUUCCUGCUGA